AUUACGAUAUUGAUUCAUUUCAAAUUCACAAUUAUUUUUAGAUUGAUUACUCGUUGUGACUACGUCAAUGCGCAAAUAAGUAAAAUGGAUUCCAAUGUCAUGACAGACAUCUUUUGGACAGUAAUUUUGAUAAAUUUGCCAUCAGUUGUGCACUGUCAUGAAAGUGGAGAACAAGUUUCUAGACAAACAUUGAUAGAGGACUUGCUCAACCCCUCACAUUACGACUCGAGUGUUCCACCAGGCAAGCCAACUAACGUGAAAAUUCAGCUUAUUAUAAAUGAUACAAUUAUGGAAAAUGAACAAGCUUCGGAAAUUUCGGGCCUUACUACAGUGAUUUUGCAUUGGAUUGACAGUCGUUUAGAUUACUCAGCAAAAGCGUCAUAUCCUUCUUUUAUAAUUCGUGGUUCAGCUAAAUUGAAACCAUGGGUCCCUGAUAUAUUUAUCCUGGAGAACCGAGAACCUUAUAUUACUGGCUUUGGUAGUAAAAACGAGUUGAUUGUUUUUAACCGCUCCGGAAACGUAGUGUUCAAUCACAGGUUUACGACAAGAAUGUUGUGUGAAAUGAAUCUCGAUUAUUACCCAUAUGAUGAGCAACACUGUCAGAUAACUCUCCAAAGCUAUGAAUUUACACAAGAGGAUGUUCAACUUUCUUGGUUAUCUGAUAACCCUGUGAUGGAUCACGUACAGAGUACGAAAACUGUCUCACUUAAGAAAUCUGAAACAGUCGCGUCUUAUGUGAUAGAUUCAGGUGGUAAUUUUUCUACAUUGACCACGAUAUUGAUCAUCAAAAGGAAUUAUCCGGCAAACAAUACAAUAAUAGGUACUCCAAUUGUUCUAGUUGUGAUUAGUACAUUUUCCCUUUUGUUCGAUGAUAAUUUUACACCAAGGAUUACACUUUGCGGGGCUGCUAUGACAACAAUCAUUAUGCACUGGGCAGGGAUAUAUAAUAAGGUCCAACCGGUUGCAACUUUGUUAUGGCUCGACAAUUGGAUGUUUGGAAAUCUUAUUGCCGUCGGUUGCAUUAUUUUAUAUACGGCGAUACGUCACCACGUCUGUAAGGCUGCUGAGAAGAAUUCAGAAGAAUCUAAGGAGAAAACUAUUUCUGGUGGUACAAGUCAGCCAGACCCAGGGCAGGUAAAUGAUAAGUAUAACUUAAUAAUGAUGAGUGUGCCUGUGGUCCUGUGUUGAUGUGUCGUGUGGGGG